GAUCGCAAACAGCGCACUCGACGGCGCGAGGGACAUCUCGCGGAGCUCGUUCACCCUGCCGACUUCGCGCGAGCGUCAGAGAAAGCGGAUCCCCGAGGCGCGCGAGAGAGAUAGAGCGAAAGAGAGAGAGAGCGCAGACGCUGGUAGACGCGUUAUAGUUUCGCAGAGAACAUACAUAGGCGGUUCUGUGGAGGUCCUCAACAACUGCUGCGAUGAAUCGUUGCGCAGCCGCCUUUCUUUUGUUGGUGAUUGCCUUGCACUCGCUGAACACAGAAGCAUACAAGUGUAGAUGCACACGGAAAGGGCCAAAGAUACGAUAUAAGGACGUGCAAAAGCUUGAGAUUAAGCCCAAACAUCCAUUCUGCCAGGAAAAGAUGAUAUUUGUCACCAUGGAGAAUGUGUCCCGUUUCAAAGGGCAGGAAUACUGCCUGCACCCUAGACUGCAGAGUACUAAGAAUCUGGUGAAGUGGUUCAGGAUCUGGAAAGACAAGCACAGGGUGUACGAGGCCUAAAGCGCCACAUGGUGAGUCAGUGCAGAGGCUGAGGCUCCUGUGGAAUGUACAGUACUACCAGCGGAACUGUCACUCAGCAGAGGACCAGUUUUCAGAGAAUAACGAGGCAAAGUUUAUCAAGCACAAGAGACCUUUUCUUCAGGAACAAUGUCUAGAGAGACGUCUGUACAAAAAAUGUCAUUAGCUAUAUUUCAGACAUAAUUAUCAUCCAAAACAAACACUAUUUAUGCCAAGUGUCAAACUUGCAAAUAAGACAGCAUAGGAAAAUGCAUAGAUAAUCUCUGUGAAAUAAAAUUUAAUGCAAAAAAGUGAUCACUACCUUUUCAGGUAUAAGAUGUUAUCAAGUUAUCUAUUCACAGCCUGACUCGUUAUCAAACUACCUGAGAAAUGCUUUUGUAUAGUAUAGUGUGCCAUCUACAUGGUUCAAACAACAAAAUAACUGAUUGAAAAGGAGUCCCCUUUCCCAGUUUUCUUUCCUAUGUGAAUACAGAUCAUAAUAUUAUACAUUAUAUACAUAUUAGAUUAAUCUGGUGAAAUACAGCACACACAAAUACAGGAAAACACUGACAUGACUUGUAAAAAUAAUCCUCUUGUGAGGGUUUACUCUGUGCCAUGCCACCAGCUGGUAAAAUGAGUCAAUGGGCAAUUUCCCAUCACUUUCACUGGUUUGCCAGGAGCAUGUCCAGCUAGACAUAUUUACUAACCUUCUCAGUUAUCUAGCUGAAUGUUAGAAUUGCAUCAAUCUACACCAGUCUUGUUCUUGCUCUCUUGAUGAGCAUGUGUAUAUCUGACAUUCUGCGCAGGUAUGUACACUUCCGUGCAUUUUAAAAUACCAUAUGGUUUAUUUAGUGUCCGGGGCAACGUGUGUUGAUGGCACGCAAAUGAUUCCUAAAAAGUGUGCUCUGGUUCUGAGCUAUGAGAGUUGAGGCCUACAGGCAGUCAGCAUGUUUGCCUUGAAACUUUAUAUUAAACAAUAUCCCUUCCACCACCACAUGUGGCCCUCUUCUAUGAGGUAAUAUUUUUUUAUCAUUGUUCUGGUAUUUUUGCCACUAAAUGGAAUAUUUUAUUUUUUUCUGCCAUGUAAAUCAGAUGCAUAAGCAUACAAGUAAGUAUCUUGUAAAUACAACAUUUGACCUAGGUGGCUUCAUUUAGAAUUUCAUAGUGAAGUUAUGUAUUGUAUUACAAAUGUUUCACUAUUUAAAUAUUGAAUAACAGUAAUGUUGGAGUCUUUGUGUUUGGAUUUACCCACCAAACAUUGUACCAGCACAGCAAUAAAAAUAUUUAAGUGAC